GGGCUCUAGGACCCAGCAGGCAAGUAAGCCCGCCUCGCUCUUACCCCUCCCCCAAGCCGCCCCUUCCCCCCCCACCCGUCUUCCAGGUUCCCCUUCCCUCCCCCCUCGCCCCGGCUCCCGGUGCCCGUCUCCAGCGCCGCCGGAGCCAGCCAGGGAGCCGGAACGAAAAGGAGGAGGAGGAGGCCGCGUCGCCGCCGCUCGGAGCCCGGCCGGAGCCUCGCAGGCAGGUACAUGGUGCGGGUCCGAGCUGUGGUGAUGGCCCGAGAUGACUCCAGUGGGGGCUGGCUGCCUGUAGGGGGCGGGGGCCUCAGCCAGGUGAGCGUGUGUCGGGUCCGAGGGGCCAGGCCCGAGGGGGGGGCCCGCCAGGGGCACUACGUCAUCCACGGGGAGCGCCUCCGGGACCAGAAAACGACCUUGGAGUGUACCCUGAAGCCAGGCUUGGUUUACAACAAAGUGAAUCCCAUCUUUCACCACUGGAGCCUGGGUGACUGCAAGUUUGGACUGACGUUUCAGAGCCCUGCAGAGGCUGAUGAGUUCCAGAAGAGCCUGCUGGCUGCGCUGGCCGCGCUGGGUCGAGGCUCACUCACUCCCUCUUCCUCCUCCUCCUCCUCCUCUCCUUCCCAGGAUACUGCAGAGACCCCCUGCCCUCUGACGUCCCACGUGGACAGCGACUCCUCCUCCAGUCACAGCCGCCAGGAGACUCCUCCCAGCGCCGCUGCGGCCCCCGUCAUCACGAUGGAGUCAGCUUCAGGCUUCGGGCCUACCACGCCCCCCCAGCGCCGCCGCUCCUCCGCUCAGAGCUACCCUCCGCUUCUACCGUUCACGGGGAUUCCGGAACCUUCAGAGCCCCUGGCAGGGGCAGGGGGCCUGGGGUGGGGCGGCCGCGGCUACGAGGAUUACCGGCGCUCCGGGCCACCCGCGCCCCUCGCCCUGUCCACCUGCGUCGUGCGCUUCGCCAAGACCGGCGCGUUGAGGGGCGCUGCCCUGGGGCCCCCAGCGGCACUACCUGCCCCUUUGACCGAGGCUGCGCCCCCAGCGCCCCCCGCUCGCCCACCCCCCGGCCCGGGCCCAGCCUCUGCGCCUGCCAAGGCCUCCCCGGAGGCGGAGGAGGCAGCGCGCUGCGUGCAUUGCCGCGCGCUCUUCCGUCGCAGAGCAGACGGGCGUGGCGGCCGCUGCGCAGAGGCCCCGGACCCGGGGCGCCUCUUGGUGCGCCGUCUGAGCUGCCUGUGGUGCGCCGAGAGCUUGCUCUACCACUGCCUGUCGGACGCCGAGGGCGACUUCUCGGACCCGUGCGCCUGCGAGCCGGGCCACCCGCGCCCCGCCGCGCGCUGGGCCGCGCUGGCCGCGCUCUCCCUGGCAGUGCCCUGCCUCUGCUGCUACGCGCCCCUGCGCGCGUGCCACUGGGUCGCAGCGCGAUGCGGCUGCGCUGGCUGCGGGGGUCGCCACGAGGAGGCUGCGCGGUGAGGACGGCCUGGUGGGUCCCCUAGCCGGCCCGAGGACCCAAAAUUGAGGGUCCAGGACCCCGGACUCCGUUCGGACCUAAAACCCAAACCUAGGCACAUCCGGAACUUGGAGCUUGAGUUUGGAUUGAGAGAUCUCAGACCUGGAACCUGGAACCCAAACCCAGGACUGAGAGACCCCAGCCCCAGCUUCAUUGGGAUGUCAGUCUAAGAGGUCCCAGGCGUCCUGAGUUCUGGCGUUCCCCCACCCCCACACCCCACGAGGAGGCUCCAGGCGUCCCCAUACUUUGCAUCUCAGAAAGGCCAGGGAGCGCAUAGAUCUCGGAAAGGGCAGGUCCCUGUUGAAAUGAACAACCUAGACCCAGGUCACGCCUGGCACCAUGUCCCUCAGAUUACAGCCCCACAAUUAGUCAGGACUUGCCCAUACCUGGCUCUGCCUUUAUUCAACUCCCAGAUCAGAUCUUGAGACCAUAGGACCUAGAGUCACCCACAAACAGUUCUUGAAUGUUCACCUAAGACCUGGUGCCCCCACAUCUGAGACAUUCUCAUAGUCCCAGGACCCCUGAGACAGCAGGACCCCUGAGACAGUUUCAAACAGAGUUUGAAACUCUGUUAUGCUCUGGAAUCUCCAGAUGCUGCCCCUCAAAUCUACCCAUGACUUAGUGCCCACAGACCUGGCCUCCAGUCCAGGAACACUGAAGUCUAAGAUGUCCAGGGAACUCCCAGACACCCUGGGACCCCAGACUCUUAAGAUGCACUGAGUGCUCGGAUAUACUGAAACACGAGAUGUUCUCUUACCAAAAUGACUUGGGAGACCCGUCCCAGAGCCCCCAAGAUCCAGAUAUCAGACACCAAGAUGCUCUGGAAGCCAGGGAUCAAAGACCUCCAUAGGUCCACCCACCCCCAAGCCAGGGUUCUCAGGAGCUUUGGAUAUCAUUUAUAGGACUCAGAGGUGCCUGGGGUCCUCAGAUGUGCGACUGAAGGCCACCAACACCUCAGGACCCGAGAUACUGGUCUUGAGUUCUCAAAUAGCCCUCUCUUGCAGUCCCUCCUGGACCUGGAUUUUGAGACCCCAAAUGUCCUGGAAUCUUCAGCUUCUUUCUACCCACAGAUUCCCACCCCCUUAAGGGCUGGGAGUCCAGCUCCCAGAAGAGGGGAUGCUCAUGGUGACCCAGACCUCUGACCCCCUUGGCCCUCAGCCCUUGAGUAAACCCAAGGUACUUUAGGAGCACUGGAUCCAAUACCCCAAAGGUGCCACUGACCCCCAAAUGCAAGGCUCAAGACCCUACAACAUUGGGAUUGUUCCUGAUCCAAGACCUUCGUCUCUCCAUACAAGAGGCAUUCAGAUUCGAGGUGCACCAAGACCCCAGCACCCUCAGACCCCAGAUUUCUUUGGAUUCAAACCUCUCUAGCCUGAUGAACCCCAAGUUGCCUCUACACCUGAUUCCCCCAUCCCCACUUGUCCAACCUCGGAGACCUGCUGCCCCUUGAAUCCUGCCAUCCAUAGGCCCCCAAAACCCCAAGGUUCCAGACUCUGGAAUUCUGGUCCCAAGGAUCCCAGCCCAAGCCCCCAGCAAUCCUCAGAAUUACCCCUUUGUCUUAGGGUGGGAUCCCUACCAUUUGGAACUCAUUGUAGGACCACCCAGGCUGGGGCGCAGUGGCUCAUGCCUUGUAAUCCCAGCACUUUGGGAGGCCAAGGAAGGAGGAUCGCUUAAGACCAGGAGUUUGAGACCAGCCUGGGCAAUGUAGUGAGACCCUGUCUCUAAAAAAAAAAGAA